CUCUCGAAGUACUGAUAUAGAUCUCGCAGAAACAAAGUAAAGCAACAACUGCAAAUUUAAUGGAAGGAAUUUCCAAAAAUGGAGAAAAGAAACUUAAAGCACUAAGGUCGAGACGAUUACAGUAGGUGUAAAAAAAAUAAAACAUGUGGGAGCAAAUAUGCAAUGCAUUGAUAUUCAAAGUAGUGUGUAGUGUGUAGUGUGUAGUGUGUAGUGUGCACGAAACUUUAGUUUUCUAUAUAAAUCCAAAUAUCGAAUAGGAAAAUAUAUUGCUCGUUGGGAUAAUAUCAUAAUAAAAUCCAAAUUUUCGGCUUCGGACACGAGCAGUAGGUGGCUGUGUGAGAGAGGUCCUGUAGUGAGUCCAUCUGUUUAAGGCGGGGAGAAUACAGACGCCUGUAGAUAGAGACCAAACCAGAUCUAACAGAUACCAAACCAGAGCCUAACAUUUAAGAAAAUAAAGAGAUUAAAUGGACACAAAAAACUACUUCCGAAUUUUAAUCACCACACUAAGUAUUGUUCUCAUAGCCUUCUCGUAUAUAACUAAGUCAGAAUCACCAGACUCACAUUUAAUUUCCAGAUUCCAACAAUAUCUUCAAAUCAACACAGCACAGCCCAAUCCCAACUACAAGCCAGCAGCAGAUUUUAUACUCUCCCAAGCAAAAUCCAUUGGCCUAGAUGUCCAAGUCCUUGAAUAUGUCAAAUCAAAACCAGUCAUACUCCUCACAUGGCAAGGAAAAGAGAAGUAUCUGCCCUCCAUACUUCUGAACUCCCACAUAGAUGUUGUUCCUGCAGAGAAAGAGAAGUGGGUUCAUGACCCCUUCUUAGCCCACAAAGAUUCCAAUGGUGACAUCUAUGCCAGGGGUUCACAAGACAUGAAGUGUGUAGGGUUGCAAUAUCUUGAGGCCCUCAGAAAUCUGAAAAAUAGAGGCUUUGUCCCUCGUAGGACUAUCCAUGCUUCUUUUGUCCCCGAUGAAGAGAUUGGGGGCCAUGAUGGCGCAGAAAUGUUUGUGGGUUCCAAGGAUUUUGAGAGUUUGAAUGUGGGUGUUGUUUUGGAUGAAGGGCUUGCUUCACCUGAUGAGAAUUAUAGAGUUUUCUAUGGGGAAAGAUCUCCCUGGUGGCUGGUCAUAAAGGCAGUGGGGGCACCUGGUCAUGGCUCAAAGCUGUAUGAUAACAGUGCAAUGGAAAACUUGUUGAAGAGUGUGGAGACUAUUAUGAAGUUUAGAGCAGCCCAGUUUGAUCUUGUCAAGGCAGGAUUGGCUGCUGAGGGGGAGGUGAUUUCUGUUAAUCCAGUUUUCAUGAAAGCAGGAACUCCAACUCCCACGGGGUUUGUCAUGAAUCUUCAACCAUCUGAGGCUGAAGCAGGUUUUGACAUUCGUGUUUCACCAGGCACUAAUGCUGAAUCUUUAGAAAAACGAAUUGCAGAAGAAUGGGCACCGGCUUCACGCAAUAUGACAUUCCAGUUCAAGCAAAAAGAACCUGUCAAAAAUAAGCUAGGGCUUCCACUUGUGACAAUUGCAAACCAUUCAAACCCAUGGUGGACAUUGCUAGAGGCAGCAAUCUUGAAAGUUGGAGGGAAGCUUCAUAAGCCCGAGAUUUUCCCAGCUGCAACAGAUUCCCGCUUUGUGAGAGAUCAUGGAAUUCCUGCAUUUGGGUUCUCACCUAUGGCAAAUACUCCCAUCUUGCUUCAUGACCAUAAUGAGUUCUUAAACGAAGCUGAAUAUUUAAAAGGAGUUGGAGUAUACGAAGCAAUUAUUGAAUCAUAUGCAUCAUACACAGAAGCUGUCGUGGACAGAUACUCUUUUUCUGAACUUUAAUGAUGUUUUGUGUUUAUAAAAGUCACCUAUGGUUCGUGGGAGUUGACCAUGAGAAGAUGCCAGAGGAUUAUCUUGCAUGUGCAUUAAAGAUAUCGAUGUAGUGAACUACUAAUAAAUAAUAUAUAGGUUACCAAUUGAGAAAUUUAAUGAUGUCCUCUUUGUAUAUAGGUUGCUAAUUGAGAAAUAUAAGGAUGUCCUCUUUGUAUAUUUCUUAGGCCAUAUUACUUUAAGCAAUUGAGACACUUUUAAGUUUGAAACAGUCACAAGCUUGGUUCAGGCAAGUUGAGACAUUCUGAUUGAGUCUCUAUGCUAAGAAAGCCAAGUUGAUUCUUGAUUUGAGCUUGUGGCAGACAUGCCAGGACUUGGAAAUCUGCCAAUGCUUAUCAGGAGUUAAAAGACUUUCUAGCAGGCUAACCAAGUCUGGCUUUUAUCAAAUCAUUACUUGUUACAAAAAUCUGGUUAUGAACAAGAUGUUAAAAAAAUCUGGUUGCGGACGUAGAUCUCUGAAAUUCAUCAAAUUGUUCUGGAUCAAUGGCUUGUUUGUUAGCAAUUACUGUGAGAGAUCAAAUGGCAUUGCAUCUCUCAUUUUCUCUCAAUAUUUUUGCAGGUACUAAAGCUGUAUCAGAACCCUUGUUAGUAUUAAGGGGCUCUAAUAUCAAAACUACCAACUUCAAUA